AUCAUGACUGACUCUCCCAUGAUGCCUCGCAGUGUGGCAGCCACGGCUACCAGCUGACUGGAACUGAGGAACCGGGUGGAAGUGUAGCUCGUGGACUUGUUAAUGUAUAUGAGCUUAAUUUUGUACUGUGAAUGUUUUACUAGCUAUUUGUGCCUUCAGCGACAUGACAUUCUCUCAGGAUAUGUCCUUCUGUGAAGUGUGAGGUAUCAUUUGUUGUUAUGGAACCUCUGAACCAGUCUAAAGUGAGGCAUCUGCAAGAUGCUUUGGACCUUUCAAUGACUUGCAAAAAAAGCCACAUUAGUUCAAGUUCCACUGAAACUUGGUGUGAUCUUGGCACAGCUGACCCAAGUCCAAUGGGUUUUUCAGGUGUCAGAGCAGAACAUCAUAUUUCCCAGCCUUGUCCGGAGAUUUCACCACAGGAUGUUUAUGCUAAACCUGUUCUUAGGACGUCAUGUAAUGCAAACCCUCGUUUGGGCUCCCAAAGCAGGUUCAACAGACACCUGCCUGCUUCUCAUUUCCCCUCUGCAGUUUACAACUGCAAGGCAGAAUUACCGAAGAAAGGAAAUGGAGGUGGUCGGAAUUGUGUUAAUAGUCGUCAGGAAGUGCAGCACCCCUCAAGUAGACCUCAGAGAGUGGAUCACCAAAAUGGACUUAACAGCCAUGUGCCAAUCCCAAAGGCAGAUGGGAAAAAAGCUAUGGGCCCCAUUGGACAUAACAGUCAUCAGACUAAUUCUUCAACACCCUGUGUGUCCAAAACUAUAUCACCAUCUAAGAGCUAUAAGACUGCUGUUGAAAGUAGUAUUGGUACUCCACCUAAGCUGCCAUUGCAUAAUGUCUCAUAUCGAGCCAUCACUUUGCAGGGUCACAAGGUCAACCCGAUUCAUGAAAAGGUCAUGGCUAAGCACAUUACUGAGGUCAGACAUUCCUCCUCCCCUGUAUGCCUCGACAGUGAUGACAGUGAUGUCAUAGAGGUGCCUGUGUCCAACUGUAACAAAAACACCCCAAAUCCUCAAAUAUCCACGAGCCAACUGCUAUCAGCAUGUGCUGACAGCCAUGAAAGUGGACAGUUUCUUGAUAGCCACACAAACACAAAUACCACCGCUUCUACAGGAGAAUGUGGAGAUGAUGCCGUGUACGUUCGGACAAAUGAACACUCUACCUCAGGUGCUGUUGCUGCACAGUCCCCAAAACCCACAUCGAGCAAUGCAUCCUCUGACGGGAGCACUGGAGACCAUCAGAGAGCAACGGAAGCGAACGCACAAUCGACACCAAAGCAGCAGCAGAAGAUUGAAAGCCUUGCAAAGCAGUCCAAGGCCACGCCUGGCAAAGCCCCGUCCGGUGCCAUCCCUCCUGCCAAGCGCAGACGGAAGAAGCACCGCCAGGGCCCGUCCUCUGCCUCCUCCAUGUUCUCACCUCAGGAGCCAGAAAUCAAGCUGAAGUACGCUAGCCAGAGCCAGAAGGAGGAGAAGAGGGACAGCCGGGCGGACGGCAACUUCUGCCCCUACGUGCACAUGGAGCUCAGGGAGUCUUCUGCCUGCACCGUGGUCAAUUGCCAAGAGGAGGACGAGGUGAUGCAGAAGAGGAGGCACAAACGCUCUGCUCCUCCGCUGAGGCCCACGCAGACCUCGGGGGUCGUCCCCAGUACCUCCUGCCUGCGCCUGGGCCGCCUGAACGCUGACAGCAGGGGGAGGCCCAUGCAGACCUGCUGCCUGUGCGGCUGGCCUGCCAACAGCAUGGGCCUGGGGGACUUGCACGGACCAUACCUCCCCUCCGAAUGUAACCGGGCCUCAAAGCAGGCCCUGAGCAGUCUGCUGGACCAGAGGGACCCAAGGGAGGUUGAAAACACAGAGAGUACCGCAACCAGUCAGGGCUACUUGGAAAACUCACCAGGGAAUCCCAGCAAGAGGCCUCGCAGAGACUGGACCACAGACGCCUGCACCGAUGCUUCACCCGGGUUGAUGGUGGACCGGGACUCGGGCGAGCACUGGGUCCAUGAGGAUUGCAGCAUCUGGUCUGCUGGUGUCUUCCUGAUCAAAGGGAGGCUGUAUGGACUGGAGGAGGUCCUCAGGCUCACAGAGGAAACGGUGUGUUCCUGCUGCCACAAGGUGGGAGCCACACUGGGAUGUUUCUUUAAGGGAUGCUGCAAUAAGUACCACUACCCCUGUGCCCUGCAGUCAGACUGUCUACUGAGUGAGGACAACUUUUCCAUGAGAUGUCCUAAGCACAAGGUAAACAAGUCAUCCCGACCUGUCACCAGAUGAUGAGCAAGAGGAAAGCGCGUGCCAGUGAAGGUGACCCUGUUGCUGUGGACCUGGUGGACCUCGUGGGCUCCCUCACCCUGUGCCUUCAGUGCUGCACGCAACCUGCAGGGAUGGCUCUCAGUCGGAAAUGGGUCCUUCACAAAUGUUUACAUUCAUUAAUGUUGUGAUUUUUUUAAUUUUAUUUUUUAAUAGGUUUACAUUUUUCAUAAUGACCUUUUUUUUUUUUCUUCCUUCCUGGUUUAUGGCUAGUUGGCUAAGUGGUGUCCACUAAGGGCAUUGAUAAGUUGGUACGCAGACCUUAUGGUUGUUGAACAUAAAGGAAGAAUGUUCAUUGAAUGAAAUUUUAAAUUGAUUUUGUGCUUGAGGUCCAACUUUUUAUUUGUAAUUUAUUUUGUGUUUUUCAAAAAAAAAAAAAACGACACUUGUUUGAGUAGAAUGACCUUGGUCAAUACAUGGGAGCCAGACCCCUGUCAUUUACAUGAAUAUAUUUAUUUCUUACCUGCAAUUCUUUUAACAUGCUUAUUUAUUAAUUGAGAAUCAGUGUGCGAGGGAUCUUUGGAGAAUUGUCCCACGGAACCUUUGAGUGGUGUUCACAUUCCAUGUGCUGCUCACCUCAAUACUGACAUAUGCUGUAUUGGCAUCUGGGCCGAAGCCAAAUACAUCUAUUGUAUUUGCCAUAAGAUUAAAAACACACAAAAAACACAAGGACCACAAUAUACAAUUUCACCAUAUUCCUUGUGCUUUGCAGAUUAGUUGGGUUUCAAUAAAUUCUUUUACUACUUUA